GUGAGAGCUACAGGAUGGAUUGCGUUUGGUGUUGCAACAACAGCUCCGACAGGCAUGAUGGGAUACGAUGUGGCCAUUGGAAAAGUUCAGGGUGGAAUGGGAAGUUUGGAGGAUCAUCAAACAGUCGGUCUCCAACUACCUGACAGGGAUGCUAGUCAAGACUGGAUGUUGACUUACUUUAGUGAAAAUAAUGGUACGACAAAGUUGAAGUUUUAUCGCAAGCUCAACACUAACGACGAAAAGGAUGUUGUUAUCCAGCAAGGAAUGUCAAUUUACAUUGUGUGGGCAUAUUCUCCAACCAACGAUACACUUGGACAGCACGCUGGUAAUAAUAGAGGUUCUCAACAAGUGACACUUGUACCAGCUGGUGUGACUCCGACGACCCCAACCCCGACAGCAGCUGUAGCGACUGUUUCUAUGCCAGCCAUGCCUGUGCAACCAAUUUUUCUGAAUCUCCAAAAUGAAAAUUAUAAAGUUUCCUGGAUAUACAACAGUAGCAUGGACACGAUACACUUUACAGUAGAAGUGAGAGCUACAGGAUGGAUUGCGUUUGGUGUUGCAACAACAGCUCCGACUGGCAUGGUGGGAUACGAUGUGGCCAUUGGGAAAGUUGAGGGUGGAAUAGGAAGCUUGGAGGAUCAUCAAACAGUCGGUUUCCAAGCACCUGACAGGGAUGCUAGUCAAGACUGGAUGUUGACCUACUCUAGUGAAAAUAAUGGUAUGACAAAGUUGAAGUUUUAUCGCAAGCUCAACACCAACGACGAAAAGGAUGUUGUUAUCCAG